CAGAUGAAAUUACUCAGGCUGUCAGCGUGUGUCUAAAUGCUUCAAAUCACCGCAAGAAAGCGCGAGAAGUAAAGACUGCGUUUCACGCGGGGCUAAUUAUCCAGCUUUGAUUAAAUUUAAAAAAAGCGGAGGUGAUCCUUAAAAUUCACCUUAUAAUGUAUAUGUACUCUAAUAAGACUUUUGAGGGACAGUCUGAGACCACGUGAGCCAUCAAAGGUCAGAUCGCUCCAUUUCACUGGUUGCGGCGUCAGGUUUAGUGUUUAAAAUGUAAGUGGCAGCGCAGAGUGCAGCGGGUUAAGGUAGAGCAGGCAAAUAGCGUGUAGGGAUAAAGUGUGUUGAGAGACAAACUAUUUUCUGCAGUGUGAGGGCAGCAGGGAGGAUCUGUGGCUUAAAGCCAUCACAGGGCUGCUGGAGGAGAUGCAUUCUUUAUUCUGAGGAGGGGAGGAGGGACAGGAGGGGAGAGAGAGAGAGAGAGAGAGAGAGAGGUGAGCAGAGCGCGCGCACACACGUCGCACUAUCAGCUGAAUCCAUCUAUGACAACAGCUGGCAGGGAGUCCGCGUCUGAGCUGCGGAAACACUAGAGACAAGUUUGAGGUCCACAUUAAAAAAAAAACAUAGGGAGAGAAAACGAGCGCACCCGGACGGACGCGGCUGGCCGUCAUGGCCCGUAGCGGAUUAGGCGGCGGACACUUGGGUGAGUGCGUCCUCGCCGCUCGGGCGGAGUGUGGAAGGAGAGAUACGGGCGCCGCGAUCUCCCCGCUGCCGCUGUCUUCGCUCCGCGCGAGCCGCGGACGGCGCUGAGUUAAAGCUUAAAGGAGCUCCGCUUGGCCGUGAAGCGCCCGGGACCUGGAAAACACACACAUACACGUUUUUAAAAAAAAAAAAAAAAAAAAAAGAAAAGGAGGAAAAAGUGCGGACAGACGCGAAGCCUCCUGCAGGAAAAUAUGCUGCUCAGCGGGCUGCUGAUCGGAACCGAUCCGCACCAGCGUUACCAAGUGGACCUUUACGCACGGUCACACGGCGGGACCGCGUGAAGGACAGAUGCUCAACGGGAAGGAGAAAGUUGAACGCGGUAGCGGGGUUUGUAAUGGAUAAAGGCUCGCCAAAGGUCUCUGGAUCCAAAUGUCACCCCCCUUGGACUCUGCCCCAGUCGGGGACCAGCAGUGUGUGACGGAUAGGCAAGUGGAGCCUGCGGCGGCUGUCGACUGCGUGGCUUCAAAUUGGCCCUGGCUGAGCUCUGUAUGGAGCGACGAGUGAAGAGUCCUGGUAUGGUCUGAUGUCUCAGCAUGGAUGGAGUCAGUCACAGGACCGGCCACCACUAAUGAGACCAUCGCUCUUCGGCUGAGGACUAGCAUUUACAGGAUUACUCCCGCAGUUUCCUACUCUUUUCCCAGCUAACUGCAUUAUUACUGAACUAGGUGGACUUUUUGUGGGUCUGGUUUUGGUGUAUAUGUAUAUAUAUAUAUAUAAAUAUAUAUAUAUAUAUAUAGACGCCUUUACUUUUAUUGCGGCUUCUCUUUUUCCCUUUUUGUUGUUUCACUAUGGAGUUUCUUGCUGGACCCUGGAAUAAAGAUUGGGCUUCAUUCUUGCAGUUUUGGUUGACUGUCAUCCUAAGCCUCCAAAUGCAGUUCAAGCCAGGUGCUUCUUGCCCGGAGGAGUGUCGUUGUGACAAAGCAUUUGUGUACUGCAAUGAACGCAGCCUGACGUCAGUGCCUCUAGGGAUACAGGAGGGCUACAAGGUCCUUUACCUGCAUAACAACCAGAUCAACAAUGCUGGCUUCCCUUUGGAACUUCACAAUCUGGCCUCUGUGGAGACUGUUUAUCUUUACGGCAACCAACUUGAUGAGUUUCCCAUUAAUCUUCCCAAAAACACGAGGGUUCUGCAUCUACAGGAGAACAAUAUCCAAACCAUCUCCAAGGCAGCCCUGGCUCAGCUGACUAAACUAGAGGAGCUGCACCUUGAUGAUAACUCCAUCUCCACAGUGGGGGUGGAAGAAGGGGCCUUUAGGGAGGCUCUGAGCCUCAAACUCCUCUUCCUCACCAAAAACCACUUGAGCAGUGUUCCCAUUGGUCUUCCUGAGGACCUGAAGGAGUUGCGGUUGGACGAGAAUCGCAUUGCUGUCAUCGCAGAGGAGGCUUUCCAGAAUGUGACACGCCUGCAGCGCCUCCUGCUGGAUGGGAACCUUCUGACGGACGAGGGCAUCGCGCCAGGAACCUUCCAGUUCCUGAACAACCUUCGUGAGUUGGCCCUGGCCCGCAAUUCACUCACCUUCCCCCCUCCCCUUCUACCCACCCAGUCGCUGGCUAAACUCAGCUUGCAAGAGAACCAGAUUGACCAGAUCCCUGUGGCGGCCUUCGCCGGCCUAAACAGGCUUGAAAAACUGGAUAUCUCCAGUAACCAGCUUCAGACUGUAACCCAGGGUGUGUUUGAUAGCCUGUCAAGCCUAAGGCAUCUCAUGGUGCGUAAUAACCCCUGGCGCUGUGACUGCGCAGUGAAAUGGGUGGUAGUGUGGCUCAAGUCUUUGCCUUCCUCUAUCAACGCCCGCGGUUUUGUGUGCCUGAGUCCAGACAAGGUGCGUGGCAUGGCAAUCAGAGAGCUCACCCUGGAUAUUAUCGAGUGCCCGGUUGAUGCCAACCAGCCGCCCUGGCCCACGCUCCGCUCCACACCCCCUCCUCCACCCACCAUCUCCUCUAUCACCACCAUCAUCUCCACCUCCAUUAGCACAUCCAUCCCUUUCUACUUUGACUCACCUUCCCCUCCUUUACCACCAAUCCAUAACAACCUUCCCGGACCCUUGCCUCCUUACGAGGACCCCCUUCAGAUCUCAUUCACUGUGGUCAACUCCACCAAUAUUGAGGUGAGCUGGGUUUCCUACUUCACUGUCACAGCCUACAAAGUCACUUGGGUCAAAAGGGGCCAAAGCCAAAUAAACGAAGGGAUGCGGGAGAGGACAGUCAGUGGGGGCCAACGGCGUAUCAGCCUCACAAACCUGGAGCCGCGGUCUGUUUACCGGAUCUGUGUGCAUGUGCUGGACACCCUUAACUCUUACAGGCCUGGAGAGGAUACUAUAUGCUCUGAGGCCAGGACCAAGCCUGCCUUGCCUACAAAGCCUCCCGUCAAAGACCGAUCUCCUCAGGAGAGCAUCCACUCCACACUGCUAAUGGCUGGGAUCAUAGGUGGAGCAGUUCUUCUCAUCCUAGUAACGCUGCUAAGCCUGUUCUGCUGGCACAUGCACAGGAAGAACCGGUCAUCUUCGACCAAGUGGAAAUACAACCGGGGCAGGAGAAAAGACGACUACUGUGAGGCUGGCACCAAGAAGGAUAACUCCAUUCUGGAGAUGACUGAGACCAGCUUCCAGAUAGUGGCGCUGAACAAUGAGCAGCUGCUCAAGGGAGAUUUUCGCAUUCAGCCCAUCUACACGCCCAACGGGGGCAUUGGAUUUAGAGACUGUCACCUCAGUAACAACAGCAUAGCCUACUGCAAGAGCAGCAACGUGCCCAGUACAGAGUUCUGCCACACGUGAUGCAGCAGCAAAUAGUACAGCUGUUUUCACACACACACACACACACACACACACACACACACACACACACACACACACACACACACACACACACACUUAAUAAUACUUGCAUAAAUACACACAUAAAUCAUUUGUGUAGACAACAAAAAACAUAAAAAUUCUAGUCAAAUAUAACUGUACUAUAUAUUUCCAAGUUCUGUCUAAAAUGUAAUUUAUACUGUGGAUAAUAAUGUGGGAUUCUCUGCUAUCUUUUUUAUUCUUAGGAAAGGAGAUACAAGUGUUUCUUUUUUUAUAACCAGCAGGGUUUUGAAAGUUGUUUUAAAUGGUCAGUACUGUACAUGAACAUGGAUUUGUACAAUCACAGCACCCCGGGUGCAGCUUCUAACGAACGCUGUCAGCCUUGGAAAACGUUGGCGCUUAGAGGGCUGGGAUCCUUUGCUAACCACAGAAGCAAAAUACGACCUUUCCGCGCUUUAACACGCUGCAACACCCCCCCUCCCCAGUACAACAGAACAGUAGUAAAAGAGAAACACAGCACAGGGAAAGGCUGCUAGGAACACUGCUGGUUAGGGCACUGUGGGAACACGACACUGGCGCUUUGGUGGCACGUUGUAAAAAAACAACUGAAGUGCACUUUCAUAAAGGCAGCGCGGCAGGAAAUGAGCAGAGGUGGUGAUCACAUGUAAAUGAUUGUGGACAGUUACCAGUGGAAAGGCUGGAGUGAGAUUUCCCUAAAGUGUCUUCACGCUAAAAGCAUCUUUGUUCUAUUGAUGUACAGUCGAACAAAAGUGGGCUUAGUCCAGAGUCGCUUUUGGGAAAAACUCUGAAAACGAAUGUGUCAUGUUUUUUGAGAGGAGGUGCAAACAUGAGCUUAAAAAGCAACAAAGGAUUAUUGUUCCUAAUGAGGUGCACGGAUGUGCUGAGACAUGCACAUCCCUUUGAAGAAAUUCCCUAAUUUGUUCUGCUUAUUUUUCCCCCGUCGUUUUUAGCGAGCGAGGCCACAAGGGGGCAGUUUCAUUUAGAGUCAUGUUUGGGGCAGAGGAACGCCAUUCCAUAACAUUACUCAUAGCCAAAGAGCAUUGUUUUAUAGUAUUGCUCACUGAGCUCCUUAAUGAUGUGGAAUCAUUUAAAACUAACAGUGUUUUGGUUGGUAAAUGAUACAGAUUUUCACUUUUGUUAUGUAUUAUAAGGAGAAGGCCUCAGAUCUUUUGUGCUUGAGGAUGUGUGUGUGUGUGUGUUUUUGUCUGUGUGUGUAAAGUUACACACACACACACACACAUAAUGCUAAUUAUACACCCACUUAUUUCAGCGUUGUCCCAGCCUUCAUUAAGCUUUUUGAUCAAUUAGGAAAUUACAACAAUAAGACUGCGCUCCGCCCAUAAUCCUCACAAUGCACAGUUGCGACUCAGCAGCUCAUUUAGUGUCUCAUCAUUUAUCCCUUUUGUCUGCGACUGUCCGAUUCAUUUAUGGUUCGCUCACCUGAACAAUGCACCUGAUCCUUCCAGGACAUUAGCCCCGAAAAUUAUGAUUCUCAUCUAAGCUACUCUCAUUUUCAGCCUUUCUUUCCCCAACUUCGCUGUCUUUCUUUACACCUCUAAUCCCGGCGUGGUCUUAAUUAAAGCAGUUUUCCUGCCCUUCAGUUCACGGACAGUGGUAGCGGCUCGUUGCAUGUGAGGUGCCAGCAAGAGGCCUUCAUUAUGCACUUCUUAAGACGACUUUAUUUGAUUUGACAAGAUUUUAUUUUCAGGGGCCAAGCUUAAUGAAUUCCCACCAUCGAACCCCUGCACCCCCCCUCUUUCUGUUCCUCCUCUCUUCAUAAUCCUCAACCAAAAAAGGGAGAAAAUAUGUAGCCCUUAUUUUCACUUGGCUGCAUGGAGCUCAAGCUGGGAGAGGGCGAGCGUUAACUGUUUGUGAGGGAGGCAGCUUUAGCUUCGGCUACAUUGUAUACAGUGGAGAGGUGAAAGGAACCGAACAUUAGGCAAACUGAUCUCUAAGGGCUUACACUUAAAAUAUUCCAGUGUCAAGAUUGAUGAGAAAGCAAUCUUAAUCAUUGCAGGAGUUUAUCAGAUCAUGAUCAUAUGGAAUUUAAUUUAAGAUGUUGUCAGUGUACACUGAAAUAAUGAAACCAUGAUAUUAAGAAUUGUUGGUUUUAUUUGACAUUGUAAGCAGAUUCUAUGAGAUUGAAUCAUGUUGGUGGAGCAAUCAAAUAACAUAUGUACUUGAAAGAUCCAAUUUUUACAUUUGUUAAAUCCUUAUAAAAACCUUAUACAGCAAUGAAUGGAUAACCUUUAGUCUUAAAAUCGUCUUUGUAAUUAGACAGCUGGCAUAUUUGUUGUAGAUGUAUUUCUGUAACAUUAACGGCAAUAAUAGCAACAAUACUUAUAGAAAUAGAUCUAAAAUGACUAAAGUAUUGUCAAUGUGGGAGAUUCUCUAAUGGUUAGAUGAGAAGUCUGAUGCCACAUCCAGGUCUGUUUGCUAAACAAAAAGCUACUGCUCGUAGUAGAACAACAUGUCUGAUUUCACACUUGGAUGAUUUCAACAAUUGAGCUUCAUUGUGAUUGUUGUGUCAUCUGUAGACAUGUUUUGAGUCGUUGGGCUAAGCUAAGCUAGGCUAAGCUAACUGCAGUCUGGCUUGAAAUCUUUGUGUGUAAUAGUAGAAAAGAAAAAAGUUCAAAAUGACCUUUAUUUAAACUGGCGUAGAAAGUUUUAUUUUAAGCAAAUGUGAUUUUAAGACUAAGAAUUUAAACACGUGUUAAAAGCGUCAUGCUGGGUUCAUUGUCCACAAGCCCUUCUGUGGUUAUCAAAGCAUCUCCACUUUUUAUUUGACUCUUUUUCUACUAAUAUCCACAUAUCAGCAGACCCAAUAACACAGAUGCACCAGGCUGCCAUGACCUUAGCUUUGAUCUACCCUGUUUAGCAGUCAGGGCGCUAACUGACUAAGCAACUGACCCUACUGAGAAUUCACGUUUGGUUUGCUACAUGCUGCACCAGCGAACCAUGACCCCCCCCCCCCCCCCAUAGAAAUACUUUGAACAUCGACAUAACAUACCGUUUGACUAUCAGAUUUUUUGUUUGUCUUAGAUGAAUGCCCUAUUUUACAUACUGAUCACAUACUGAUGAAACAGAACAUAUAGUAUCUCCCCUGUCUGUGAAUGUGCAAUGGAGACAGAUAUUUGCCUUACCUUUUAUGCAGGACUGAAUGAUUAGCUGGAGAGAGAUUGAUUCGUGGCAGGAAGGGAAGGAGAGCGAAAGAAAGCACAUUUCCGAAAGAUUGCAACAACAGCGGCAACGCUAAAUGUAGUAACGGGGAGAACAACACGCGAGCGUGACGCGCGGUAGCUAACAAGUGACCUCGAGUGGCGCGUUGCUAAUGUCGAACCAGGCUGGAAAGAGCUUCGGCGGUUGUUUUGCAGCGUACAUCACUCUGAAUUUUCUACUUGGUUGAUGACGCUAAAUGCAUCAGUACCGUUUCAGGGUGCCGAGAAGUAAUUCUCCUCAAAGAUCACCGACUCACGUUGACAUAAUUGUGCUUAAUCACCAAGAGGCUAAUUAAGACAAAACACGAGUGGAUGAAACCGAACACUUAAAGAGUAAUCUUUUCUUCCUAUAAUCAAACCCCUCACUAAUAUCUAUUAGCCAGUGACACUCAUCCAUGGAUGUCUGCAUGUACUAUAUUUAGCUUCAUAGCCUUUCAUUUAAGUCACACCACCUUUUGGAAUUUGAAGUAUUCUGUCACCGACUGGUGGUUGAGAUACAGCACGAGCAACGCGGCAGAGAGAUUCUUACGGUUUGGAGGAAGUGAUCUGGGAUGUUACGGUGCAUGUAAAACGGCAAUUCCUGGCUUCUCAUCGAGACACUCGCAGUGUUACAUUAGCCAUCCACACCGAGAUGUUUUCUUAGGAACCAAAGUUAAAUCUUUUUGUUCUCAUGAUGAAAUAUUGAUGUUGUUCCAUGUAUGUGCCUUGAGGAUGAACUUACAAUGUAAAGUCCUUGAAACCUUUAAAUGUUUUUGCACAAACUGUAAAUACUUAAGUGAAGCUUUUUGAAAAUAAAAGAGCCCUUGGAUUUGA